GAGUUUGUUUACUAAUUCAGUGGGCAAAGGCUGCGGAGGAGGUCCUUUCUUCUCUUUUUCUUCUCUUUUUUAUUUGCGCUUGCGGCGGGGAAACGGAAGGGAAAAUAGUAAUCAUUUUUCCGUGACUAGCGUUCUUUUUUUCGUACUUCAAUCGUAAUGGUCGGUUGUGUGUGGCUCCUAAUCUUGACGAUAUGAAAAUGCCGCUCUGGGGCCGAUCGAUACGCGUGAUGUGAUGUUUUAACGAACAAAAAGGUGCCUUAGAACGUUUAGUAGAUGUAGUAGCAGUGUGCUUUUAGUAUUCUGGUUUUCAUGUUUAAUUCUGAGCUUGUCGUUAGACGCAUUUCUGAGCAAAAGCUUGUCGUUAGAAUUGCCAUUGAUAUUGUAUUGAAAUGUAUUUAAUAUAUUUGCUCAUUAGCUGGGUUGAGAAACUCUGUUUCUGUCUUUAUCUGGAUUACAAUCUCGGUGCGAAAUUUGAUCAGCCCAUACUCUUUUCACCUCACAUCAGCUAAAACACUCUCUUGCGAAAUGUUGAUAAAUGCACCCAUCAAAGGGCCGACAGUUAUAAGCUUUAAACUAUGCUUUUGACGGAUUGCUACAACUUGUCAAAAGGCUGUCCGUACUUUCCCAUCACCGAAAUGGUUCCCUCGCCGUUACGAGGUGUGCGAGGAAAAUCAUCAAAUUUCACAUCCCCCAAUGUCACUCACAAAUUCUCAUUUGCCCCCCUUUGCCCAGCGCCACCUGGUUCGUAAAUCCUCAGCUCGAGCAUUUCCAACAUAAUAAAACCAACGAAAAAAAAAAACAAACCCCGUUCCGUUGAUCAUUUCAAGGACGAAAAUGGGUCCGAAUUCCUGCCUAAAGUAACGAAGGAAAGGAUAGCGGGAGGGGAGAAGGGAGGGGGGAGACGGAGGCCCGACAGCCCGGAAAGAGUCCAGAAUAUUUAUGUAGUAUUCGCGGAUGGCGUUGAAUCACCCCACCGAGCCCCAACGGGGGUGCGUGUGUGAGGCAACGGUAGGGCGGUUGUGUUUUCACCUUCACCUAAUUUCAGGAACUCACUUUUCUCACGCUUCCACCCCCACCUCCUCCCCCUCGAGGGCAGGAAGUGGGGUGGAAUUUUGAGUGGAAUAAGUUAGCAAAGGUAGGAAAUAAUCCGUUCGUUCGUUUGUUCGGUUCAAACCGUACCGCUAGGCUCUACCAGCAACAUACAAAACACGUGCGAGCGACAGUGCAGGCAUGAAACGAGAGAAAGGGAUGCCAAAUGCCACUUGACAAGGAUUCGCUAGUAGUGGUGGUGGUGGUGGUAUGGUUUAGUUCACAGCUAGUGCACAUUCACCCCCCGAGACGCCUUGCCGAGCACUGGCACUCGUGCACGUUCGGGUCGGUUGGUUUGACGAACGUGUAGUGCGUACAGAAGUGGGAUAGAAACAAGGAAGCUUUAACGGUCCUGUCCCAGUGUCGGUCAGUAGGGGAGAAUUUGUUUCCUGUUUUAUGUUAAGCAAUGACACAUACACUCACACCGUACCUCACGGAGAGAGAGAGAGAGAGACAGCCAGAGCAAGAAUAAGCCAGCCGGAGGACGGACGAGCGAAUGGGACAAAAAAGGGAACAGCAGGGAACAACAGCCACCAGGAUCCACCGGGAGCGGAUGUUCGAAAAUUCGAAAAUUGCGCACGCAGUUGUAGGUUUUUGAACUCUCGCUCCCGGAAGCUAGCGGUUCGUCUCCAGCUGGUGGCGACCGCUCGGGCUCGGGAAGCGUAGCUGAAGCAGCGAUAGCCAAACCAAAACAAGUGGAAUGUAACUACCAGCAGCCGUAAGGGAGGACGGCACAGAUUGUUGUACUAAAAACCGUUGGCCGAAUUAUCGGCCUAGGUAUGUGAAGGUAUCCGGGACUGUUCGGGAUUCGGGCGGUCGGGUAGGGGAAGUGUUUUUUGGCGACAGGUGCAGCGCUGCAGAGCGAGGUGCAGCACGCCAGACGCAACAGCAACAUUGCGGAGGAAAGAAAAAGCGCGGGCGAUAAACAAACGGCACGGAUCUACCGUUCAUCAACCCGAUCCCGGUUGCUUGUAGGAUCCGUGGGGAAGAGAGGGGGGGGGGGGGUCAUAUGAAAAUGUCGGGUCGGGGUGGUGAAGCAGGUGAGAAAUUCGCAAAAAAAAGAAAACACUCACACAAACACACAUAAACUUACGGGCAGGCAAGUGGGUGAAGCUUCCCAGCGGCAUGGCACGGAACUUGCCCUCCCGGUUGGGAUAGGAGCGGCAGGGAAGCGGGUACGGGAGCCUCACGGUGAAGGCGCGAGCCCAAUCGGGAAUCGGGUCCGGAUCGGGUUCGCUCUCGCCACCGUUCUGGCGUUCUGCCGUUGCGUGGCGGUUGAGGCGGGCGGGCGGGCGACGACGACGACGAAAUCGGCUGGCGGGCACGAGGGUAUGCACAGCCUAGACUGCGGACUCCGGACGGUGACGGUCGGGCCAUCACUACGCUUACGGCUGCGAGGGUGACCAUAUCGUGCGCCCGGAUCAUCGUCCUCCUCCGUGCUCAAAAUCCGACACGACACGGCCAGGGUUCCGGGUAUUCCAAUUUCCUUCUCUGGUGGGUUUUUUUGUCCUUCUUUUUCUUUUCGCUGCUGGUACAACGUGCGCCUGUGGCACACAUAUCUGUUGCUUGGCCACACCAGCGUGUGUUGUGCUGCAGUUUGCUCACCUCAUCGUUGCUACACACAUCCCCUGGUUUCCUUCACGGGCAGCUUCUUGUGUGCAGGUCAGUAACAUCCAGUUCUUAGCCAACAGCCAACAACAGCUCGCCAGCAAAUGGAAGGAUCACGCCUGGAAGGAAACGGAGUUUGAACAUUGCUGGUCGUGAAAUUGUGUGUGUGUGUGUGAGUGUGUGUUGUGCAACGGGAUCAUAAAACAUGCUCCACGCUUCGUUGCUACCCCAAAGCGCUUAGAACCAACAAAACGGGCAGGCUGUGGCUCUGGGACGAGCGAAAAUAGGUCACAUUUUUGUGCCGUAGCCGUAUCAUCCACAGCACAGCUUUCGAAGCUCCCGAAGUCGGUGCAGUGUUUUGGGAGGGAUACAUGAUCCUCAACUGUAAUAUAAUUAACACAUCAUUGUUGUGGUGCAGCUGUGAAGAGAGAGAGAAAAAAAAAACGAGAAUAAUUGUGAAUUGUACGAGUGUUUGGGUGUUUGUGUGCGGUGCAUUGUGUAGGAAAGUUGUAUGCUCAGCGUGCAAUGCCGUUUGGCACGCAGUGAACGCGCAUUUCAGAACGCAAACGAACCAAUUUGACGCGUACCCCGCGAAGAACAGCUUCGUGUACGGUGCUUUCUUGAGUGGGUGGCUUUGCUCGCUGCCCUAUCUAGUGGCCAGCGUAUAAUCGCGCUUGUACUGUGUUUUAUGCCGCCUCGCUCGGGCUGGCGGCUUUGUGGUGGAAAACAUGAGCAGCAAUAGAUCGGCGCUGGUGCGGAGUCCGUGGCUCGAUCGUCAGUGCGAGCCCCAGUGUUGUCGCAUCGAGUGUAGCUCAGCACCGUCCAGCCCUAGCUGGGCGUAGAGGGAACGGGGCGGGAGCGAGCAGCCGUUGUUUUCCUCCGACUUUCCCUCCGGUGUGUGUGUGUGUGUGUGCUCGGAUCGUUGAACACUCGCGUGGCAACAGAUGUGCGACCGUGCGUCCCCGCGCCUGGUACCCUGAACGAAAAAGUGCCCUUUUGCUAGCCUCGUCCCCGGGAUGGAGCUGGGCGGCGAAGUGUUUACGAUGGGGCUGGCCCUCAAGCUGCAGAAGGUGCCACCGGGCUCCGGGAUGGCCGAUUUCACCGAGCUCCGACGGGAAAACUCCAACACUGCCACCUUCGCCAGCGACUGGGACAGCUAUCAGAGUCCGAAUGUAGCGGUAGGCAACGACACGGCCGGCCCGUUCGAGGAGUAUGAACUGUUCUACCGGCACUCCUACACGAUGACCGCCGUCUACUGUGUCGCGUACUUUAUCGUCUUCAUCGUCGGGCUGGUCGGGAACAGUUUCGUGAUCGCGGUCGUCUUUCGGGCACCGCGUAUGCGGACGGUUACGAACUUCUUCAUCGUGAACCUGGCGGUCGCGGACGUGCUGGUGAUAGUGUUCUGUCUGCCCGCAACCCUGAUGAGCAACAUCUUCGUGCCAUGGAUGCUCGGCUGGUUGAUGUGCAAAACGGUGCCGUACAUACAGGGAGUGUCCGUGGCAGCAUCCGUCUACAGCUUGAUAGCCGUUUCGCUGGAUCGCUUCCUUGCCAUCUGGUGGCCGCUGAAGCUGCAGAUCACGAAACGACGGGCCCGGUUUAUGAUCGUGUGCAUCUGGAUCAUUGCCCUGAGCUCCACCGUGCCGUGGGCGCUGUUUUUCGACCUCGUGCCGAUCAUCCCGGAAGCGCCCGACAUCAAGCUGUGCGUCGAGGUGUGGCCACCCGGGACGGACGGGGCGCUCUACUUUCUGCUCGCGAAUCUUGUUGCCUGUUAUCUGCUGCCGAUGACGCUUAUCACCAUCUGUUAUAUACUGAUCUGGAUCAAGGUCUGGCGCCGCUCUAUACCGGGCGACUCGAAGGACGCCCAGAUGGACCGGAUGCAGCAAAAGUCCAAAAUCAAAGUUGUUAAAAUGCUUGUUGUAGUUGUUAUACUGUUCGUUCUUUCCUGGUUACCUCUGUACGUUAUCUUCGCCCGCAUCAAGCUGGGCGGGGCGCUCGAGAGCAGCGAGGAGGAGCUGCUACAGAUCGCCACCCCGAUCGCCCAGUGGCUCGGUGCGUCCAACUCCUGCAUCAAUCCCAUCCUGUACGCGUUCUUCAACAAGAAGUACCGCAAGGGCUUCGCGGCCAUCAUACGAUCGCGCAAGUGCUGCGGACGGCUGCGAUACUACGAAACGGUAGCGAUCGCUUCCUCCUCGACCAGCACGCGCAAGUCCUCGCACUACCACAACAGCCAGAAACGGGCCGGCGGCAGUCCCUCGGUCAAGUCGGCGGACGUGGUGUCGUACAUCUACGAGGAGAAGGGUGGCCGGAAGCACCACGCCAUCUCGAAGCAGAACAGCGACCUGUCGCGGCACAUGCUGCUCAAGCAGGACAGCAGCAUAUCGCGGCAGUCGCUGCUGCUGAAGCAGGAUAGCGUUGCGUCACGAUCGGCGAUCCUGUACCGGCAGGACAGUGACAAUUCGCGCCAGAUGCUGCUGAAGCAGGACAGCAACAGCUCGCGGGACAUGCUGUCCAAGCAGUGCUCGGCCUCGGACUCGAUAUCGCGCCAGGACUCGCAGAUCUCGUACAUCGAGCCGCCCCGCAAGGGCAUCCUGUGCAAGCAGGACACGCAGAUCUCGUACAUCGAGCACGGCGGGCCGGUCGGCACGCUGGCGAACGGUGGCGGCCCGCCCGCCCCCAACAAGAAGUACUCCGCGUCGCUCUCCUCCCAGGACAGCGUGCUCUCGAUCAUCGAGCACAAGCGCCACAAGCUGGUGAAGCAGGACUCGAUCUUUUCCUUCAACGAGCCGAAAUCAGUGUACGAAAGUGCCACGCCGGCCCCGUUCAAGCGGCACCAGCUCGUGAAGCAGCACUCCGUCAUAUCGUUCGCGGAUCAGAAGCGGGGCGGCAGCCUGACCAAGCAGGACUCGGUCACCACCAUACACCGGGCGGGCAAUGGCGAAGGGCCCUACAUUUCCUCCAUCCUGAAGAAGACCGAUUCGCAGUGCAGCUCCGCGUCGCCGGUGCGCAAAAAUAUUGGAUUUUUCGAAGGUUAAGAAAUGUUAGCGAGAGUGAGUGAGAGAGAGAGAGAGAGAGAGAGAGAGAGAGAGAGAGAGAGAGAGAGAGAGAGAGAGAGAGAGCAAGUAAGCAAAUCAUUUGAAUCAAAUCGAGAGAACUGAAAACUUUUAAAAAGUGUGUGAGCAGUAUUUAAUGUUUUACCACAAAGCAAGGGAGGAAAAUUGACCCCAUUUUAGUGGAGAAGUACCGAAGGUGGUUCGAGAACGUUUGGUUCUACACAUCGUAUCCCUGACCUGAGCAAUCCCCUUACCUUGUUCCAUUAAUCCUUACUCCAGAGGUGGUUUUUUGAGAGGUUCGUGAGGGUCUAAUAUGUGUCUAGUGUGAAUUGCUUUUUUUACUACAUUCCAACUUGUUCUCCUGCCAGAUUGCAUGUUCAAAUUAGGUUUUGAAAUAACAUAUUUCAAAACCAAAGUAGCAGCAUUUCUCCCUUGUUUUCUUUUAUGACAAUUGAUGCUCUCUCGUAAUUCAUCAAGGGGUUUCCCCUUAAUUCCGUAAGAUUUGUACACAUACUCUUUUUAAUUUAGGAUAGCUGGGAUGCUUUAAUGAGUAGUUCCUUCUUUAACGACUUUUUCUAACAAUAUGAUCCAUUGUUAAACAAUUGUUUUAAAAAUGGUGCUAAAAUUGCAAUUCGAUCCAAAGCUAACAAAAUGAUAGGGGAAGGUAGGCAAAGACGGACGCUACGGGUAAGAUGAACACUUUUCAUAAAUGCAUGAAAAAGGUAAUUUUCGAAUAGUUCAAUAAUGCAGCAGCCAAACUGAAAGUAAAACAACACAUUUGAGAACAUUUUUGGCAUAAUAUAUGCAAAAUUGGGUAAAUUCACGAACAAAACAAAUUUUCGAUCGUGCGCACCCUUGUGGAUCUAAUUUGACUACUGCGGAUGUUUAGCUCUGUAACUUGAAUUGUUUAUAUUUUCGGAAGUUGUAUUGCAUAAGUGAGUUGUCGUGAUUAUUAAGCACAAGACUGCUGAAAGAACUAUAAUGAAAGUAAUAAAAAAAUCUUGUUUUCUGGUGGUUUUAACAUUCUGACACCAAAGGCGGGCAGGACGGACACACUGUCGUAGGGAAAGAUGGACACCGAAUUUGUUGAUUUAUUUUACUUCUUAUAUCAAUUGGUGAUAAAUCUAUUUCAUCAAACACCUUUAGAAAGGGUAUUUCGAAGACAUAAACCAUUCAGGCAACUAGAGAAAGUAUUGAAAUUAACGAGAAAUGAAACACCGGUAAAAAUAGCAGUCAUGCGUUAUGCUAUUACUCGCUGGACGCUGGUGAGGCACUUCACAAAACCUAAUAUCUUGCCACGACUUGGACAACUUUAAUCAUCAAAAUAAGGGAGCACUGAUAUGUAAUCGUACAGCAAUAGAUGAGGGAUACUAUGGGUUUACAAGUAUCAAAAAGUUCAUUGUUCAAUGGAAAAAAUGGCUUCACCUAUUAGCAAGUCCGUAAAACAUGCUUUGGUCGCAGACUUUCCGCGGAGUAAUUUCCUAAACGGAAGUUAUAGACUGUUGUUCUGUAAGCUAAUACAACGUCAGCUGUUAAUGUCCGAUAUUUCAAUAAUGCCAAAGAUCUGCAUUACUUGAGUUGUUAGAAGUGGCGCUUACAAUUCCUAAAUGAACGGCUGAAUGAACCGUGGUUGUAUUUGGCCAAGAAUUGUUUUAUGUACGUACCAGAAUGUGAAAAUCAAUGAAAUACGUUUAAAUACUAUGAAUCUCUUCAAUUUCCAACGUUUUCGAAAGGUGUCCAUCUUACCCUUCAUUGUGUCCAUCUUUCCCAUAUCAAGUAUCCGUCUUAUCCGAACAUUUCAAAACUGCAAGAAAAAAACACGUUUUUAUUUCAUAAAAAAUCAUAGAAAGCGAUAGAAACUAAAAAGGUCCGUCUAAAGGUGUCCGUUUUUACCUGCCUUCCCAUACAUUAAUUCAUUUGCAAAGUCUAGUAUUAUUUCCAAUUGUUAUUAUUUUUUAAAUAGAAUAUCUGUGGCAGGGCAACUGUUCCCUCAAAAAUCCAUCAUUCAAAGUGUCCUUAAAGCAUUUUACUCACGAUCAAUCUGGACUGUUCCACUAUCAUGCGCUGGAGAAAGGGUCCCCUCCCGUACUACUAAGCGAAGAAGCUAAGGUUUGCCCAAACCCCCUUGAAACUCCGUUCCUGUCCUUUUGCGAACCGAUGCCGGUGGUUACGAACUCCGCAAAUUGUUACUGCUAAUUCGCACUACAUUAGACAUUACACCCCCUCCCACCUCACAAAAAGAGUGGAUUCCAAUCCAAUGGUGCUGUCUGUGGCCGUCGAAUGCGUGCACUGCACAGCUUCUGCAAAUCUGCUUUACGUUACUCGCAAAACAGAGACCCAACCCAGAAGCACUAUUUUGCAACACUUAUUUAGCAAACGCGAGAUGAAAACACAUUUUUAACCAAUUGGGCUACCACCCAUUUGCAGAACAGCUGCAAACUAAACAUAGUCACCUAUAUACAUAUAUCAGAAUAUAUUAUAUACCUACCGAGGGAAAACAAAACGAACAACUAACUGAAGAGGCAAUAAAACGAAGCACAAACGCAUUCUGGCGAUGCGAGACGAGACGAGGCUGUUUGAGGCUUGGAUGGAGAAAAACAUUCAAACCACAUACCGAUACACACACACACACAUACAUGCUCACACACACAUACACACACAAAUCCAAAGAAAUGGUGUUAUUUUAAACAUAACAAAUUAACCUACUCGUGCUGUGUAAUAAUAGUAAACACACAUAAUCCAGCGAUCAUGUUUGAAUGUAUUUUUGAAGCGUUUGAAGGUAAGAAAUCUGUACACACGACGCUGUUAGCAUCUGAUCGGCACGGUAUGACCGUCGCGUAAUCCCCAAAGCCUCCCCCACCCCACCCCCAACGCAUCGCGAGACACAACUCGAAAUGAUCCUCCCCUACCUAGCGAUAAACGAUAAAUGUAACAAACAAAUUGAAUUUUAAAUAACAACUCACGAUAAACAAAACACAACCAUAACAAAAUCGAACCCGAACCCAAAGGACCAGUGUUAAGAAGAAAUAACUGAACUCUAAUAAUAAUAAAAAAAAAAACAAAAAUAAAUGAAAACAAUCGAUCAUAUUGUUCAUGAGCUAUUUUAAACUUCUCUUGGCAAACGAAGGUAAAUUUAUUUUACAAAAAAAAAAAUAAACAAUGUAAACCCACUCUAAGCCCGACAUAUUUGAUGCUAAUAAUAACAAAAAAGAAGAAAAACACGGAACCAACGGAUUUGCGCAAAAAAAAGUAAUAGCGAUCAAGCAAGGAAUAUAUUGUUAUAUUUUUUGUACGAACCUGCUAAAACAACUAGAAGAGAGAAAAUGGAAAAGAAGCACACGGAAGAAAAGAAAAAACAAACAAAAACAAAACAGACAAAUUUAACCUGCUAAACCUAACCGUACGAAUUGAUGCAACAACAACAAAAAAAAAAACUUACAAAAUGUAUUUAAAACAAAAAGCAAACCUAACAAAAUAUAUCAGUAAAGAGAACAAGCAAAGACGGUUCUAUAAAAUGUCUUGCAAACCUGAGCAAAAAACCGAGGCAGCGCCUACUGUAGUGAAACGCAUAAGGAAUGAUUACGUUAAGAACAUGAUCGUAUUGAAAUAGCCUACUGCACAUGGUACGGAGCAGCGCAGCAGGGUGAGGCUGUGCAGUGUUUGAUCGAUUGAGGAUUACAGUAGCAUGGUGUGUGUAAUGAUCGUUAAAAUACAUAAGAAAAGGAAAAAAAACCCCGAUCGUUUACCAUUUUCCGUUUUUUGUUUAUCUUUCGUUGUGAGCCAUUGUGUGUGCAAUGCACGGAUACACAAAUGAACGAGCAACUCAUAAUUGUGAUAAGAGCAUAGACCAUUAAUGUUACUCGAUAAAAGGGACUGAAGGGGAAGUGGAAACAAAAUGCCCAUUCAGUUCCUUCUGAACCAUAGGGUGAAAGGGUGGACGUAUGGGGCUUGCGGGAUGGGACAGAAGCGCAUCUAACCUUAUCACACAUGCGUGCACAUCCCACAGCUUCGCAGGUGGGCACGCGAUUGCGCGAUUAUGUGUCCGUAGCAAUAGCAAACAUCGAUCCUAACUGUUUGGCGGGCGCGAAAGGGAUGCGGCCGUAUGUAUGUUACGUGCUGAAUAUUGUUUAACAAUAAAGCAACAAUGUUAGCGCCAUUAGAGCAAUACACGCGCACCGGCGUAGAUUUUAUACCUAUUAAGCUAAUACAUAUAUAUUACAGAUAAAAGAAGGCUGCAGAAGAAGUGAACGUAAAAUAAAACACAAAACCAAAACAAACAAAAAUACAUUAAAUAAAAACCGAUCAUUAACCGGUUUUCUCAGUGCUAUCGUGUACCAGAUGUUUUGUGUAAUGCAAACAAGCAAACAUGUACAACCGAUAACCUAAUCAUUGUCCAUUAUGCAUGUACAGCGGUAAGAUGGAAAUAAUACAGGUUUUAGCAUUUAUACAAACUACAAAUCAUCAACCACAACAGCAAAACAAACAAAUACCCAACAGUUACACUGCAUAGAGUUGCCAGGCCUUCGGUUCGAUCAAAACGGAUGCGAGCUUAGCAUGAGCAUAUAUGCAUUUAUGUGUGCGUACUAAUUUCUGCUGCAUUGAACGGCACCACCACGCACGGGACAAGUGGCUCAUCUCACAGUUUUGUAAGCCAUUUAGGCAUAUUCUAAUUAGCUGUAGUGCGGUCUUAGCAAAAGUGACACAUAAGCCACACAGUUGUCAACGAAAAAUGCUGCCAUGAUGAUGACGAUAAUAUGUUGCACUUGUCCUGCACACUUUCCCAACGCUCAUUGCCGUGUGCGGUGCAGGAGAGGGCCAAUACCGUCUUCUUGUUUACACGGUUGGAGCGGUUUAGCGUUUGCAACAGAAAUGUUGAUAACUGCGUGAAAGCAUCGCUUUGUGAUGCGUAGUGGUGAAAACUUUUUCACCUCUUAAUCGAUCCAAGUUGGAAAUAGGAAUUGUAAAAUAGAAACGAAUGCGCGCGAAUUUAUUGCUCUACUCCACUCUACGUUUUUUAUCCAUUUGAUGUGUCUCGCCCUCGAGACGGGGUGAGCGCACAAAACGCGCACCUCCAUCUUAAUGCCACGUUCUAUACCAUUCUGGUAAGGUAAAUGCAAAGCAAUAAUGUAUAUCGAUAACAAGGGAACAGUGCAAGUGAAUUUCAAUCAUACUUGAAAUAAACAUACCUUCGUUUACGAUUCAUGAUGAGCAAAUGGAACGAGGUUGCACGAUUUUGAAGCAUGCAAUUGUGCCGUUUCACUACAUUAGAGGCACAUUUUCGAGACACUGCCUAUCAUCAACAAGAGAGCGAAAAAGAGAGGGGGGCGAGAAGAGAGAGCGCAGAGUGCCCCAGCCAGAAACAUAACAAAUGCAUCGAAACAAAUAGAACAUACAGAAUACAAAUGAUUAUCUACAUGUAUUAAGGCAUCACAUUCUAAUAUGUGGACAAUUUAAAAAUGUCGGGUUCGUCGCUUGAACAAGUCUUUCGUUCAACUCGUUCAUCUACACGUGUGUGUUUUGUACUUCUUCUUCAACGAGUUUCAGCCUAUUGCAACAAAAUAAAGUUGAAAGAAGAUGCUCGAGUUAAUGCAGCAUAUUUUUAGCAAAAAAUAAUACAAACCCUCAUUUCUACUUUAUGCAUGUUAUGCCAACAAAAAAUGGCUCAUAAUGAAGGCAGGUUUUAAAAUAUUGUCAGCUCAAACGGCUACAUCGGCUGAACUGAAACGUCAAAAGCAAUGUGUGCGUGUGUGUUUCAAUGUGUUUGUGUUUUAUAAGAAAACUUUCCUCCAAUUGAGAGCAACAGUGCAAUUUCCUGUUGCAAAGUAUCCAAUUCCAAAAGCUUUAACUCUUAAAAGCAAUUGCUGAACUUUUUCCUCUCAACUUGUUAUCAAUACACAUUCCGAACUACAACAGUUGAGCUAAUCCAUGUUUCCACUAUUUCAAACCACCUAUGGUGCUUAAAAAUUUUAAAAUAAAACAAACAAGCAAAGCAAUACACUGUUCAUGGGCUCGCCAGUGCUUAGCAGAAGGUAAACUUUGUGAUCACAAUUCAAACAACCAAACCGCUCUCCACUGCACUAGGAGCGCCCGCAAUACAGUGAAGUGAAUGAAUUAAUGGUUUUCCUGGUCAACUUUUUGACAUGCCCGGUGUUCUGUUUUACACCGUUAGAUGGUGGUGUUUGUGCACCAAAAUUUAAACAGAACCACGCAACAAUGGCCACAUGAGUGAAAUUUAAUGUUUUAAUUGGAGGAGAGAAAAAAACGGUAAAUGUGUACAUUUGUUGAUGUUUGACAGAAUGUUUUAUUCGUUGUAUUUUUGUGUGCUGACGGGCAGAAUGUGAGAGAGAUGGAGUAGAACGGAGAUGGGUAGAAUAAUAAAUUAAAACUCUGUGCUAAGUAUAGUAGUCUAACAGAUAAUAAUUUCCAAAUUUAGAAUUAUGACACGAGUGCUGAACGCUUCAUUCAAAACUAGACACAGAGCGAAGUACAAGAAAGCUCUCGAGUGAACAAAAAACCCCGCCCGAGUAUUGGUAAAACUAAAGAAAUAACGUUCAAAUUGAACUGUGGCUAAAGGGUGAGCAAUGUUUCAAGUCAUACUGAACAGUUGUGGGCAAAUCAAAUUGAAGGCAACCUUCGAGCAGAACUCAGUUUCAGUGGUCAGUGUUUGUCGUUAGAUGUACCAUACACGCUUCAAGCAUAAGUGUAUGAUAUUCUGUUUGAAUUGGAAAAUAUAGUUAAUGUUAAAACAAAUGUUUUAAUAAAAUACU